AUGAGUAGCAGUAGCAGCAGCAGCAACAGCAGCUCCACCAACAACAAUAACAAUGCCGUACAUCAACAUCUACAUUCGCCCAAUAAGCUCACCGAAUUCGCCCGUAACUUCGAGGAUAAACCCGAAUCCAUACUCAAUCGCAUGGUCAAUAAGAUCCAAAAUGUUUACAAUCAAAGCUACAACACAGUUAACGACAUAUCCAGUGGCAGCAACAGCAGCGUGCAAGUUGGCAAAUCCAAGUUUUAUGCAGAGAAGAAAUCACCCAAUAAUGAGGAUACAAUGAGUAACAUAACCACAAACAAUAGCUCAAGCUCUUCCAGUUUAAGCACAACGCGACCACAACCACCCACAACGCUCAAAAUGCCCAGCAGCAGCAGCAUCAAUACAACCACAACAGCUGAUGACUCGGAGGCUAAUGAGCGUGUCGCUGAGCUGCCCAGCGAAGCCAAUUCGAAUCAGGGACGCACCGUGUCCAAUGUGCUCAAACACAUCAGCAAUAUUGUGGCCUCCAAGAACAACAAUGAGCUACGCAAUUACAGAGACACAGAGUUGCAACAGCUGUGGAUGCCAGACGCCAAGGCUAAGGAAUGCUAUGAUUGCGCCCAAAAGUUCUCCACAUUUCGACGCAAGCAUCAUUGUCGUCUCUGUGGCCAGAUCUUUUGCUCGAAGUGCUGCAAUCAAGUGGUUCCUGGCAGCAUAAUAAACUGUGAGGGCGACCUCAAGGUCUGCAAUUAUUGCUACAAGGGCAAUGGCGACGAUAAGCCGGCGCUGCAGCAACAAUUGAGCAGCAAACUUGAGGUGCCCAAUGACCAAAAGCAGCGUCCACAGCUGUCGCGCAAGACUUCGCUCGGUUAUCAGGAGGAGCGUUUUAGUUCUCAGAACAAUUACAACACGCUGUCCAUGGAUGACCGCAAGAAUAUAUUGCAACAAUCGAAUUCAUUGAUUACGCUGCAUGAGGAAAUGCAACGCGAGUUGCCCAUGCAAAACUGCGGCCAGCAGCUCAUUGAGUUUCUCAACAAGAAUAACAAGUCGGCCAACGAAGUGCAAGCGGUGGCCAUUCUUAGUGCUAUGCUAGCCGCUGGCUUCCUUGAGCCCAUUGUACCGGAUGCCGAGCAAAUCGAAUUCGAUGCCACACUGCAUUAUAGAUUUGCGGGCGCUUCUCUGAAUGAAUCGCGCGAUGUUAGCGCCGAGAGCUCGAAUCCCAUUAGUCCACAGUUGGAGCCGCAGCCGCCGAAGUCGAUGGAUGUGUCCCAGAGUUUUCAAUCUGCCCAAGAGCUGGAGAUGGAGAAUGAUAUGUGCUUCACAACGAUAUCCACCAAGAUGCUGGAAUCGUAUUGUGAUCACGAGGAGCAGCUGUUAGCGCAACUGUUGCGCGCCAAUCACUUGGAUGCCGAGUGGGGUAAAGUGUUACAAUCCCUUUGCUCGACGGCAGCGAAUCAUUUCAAGCCCGAGUAUUGCACCAAUGAUCUCAUGGACAUACGCAACUAUGUCAACUUCAAAAAGGUGCCAGGCGGCACGCCGAAAGAUUCGAAAAUCGUGCAUGGCGUUGCGUUCUCCAAGAAUGUGGCGCACAAGGAUAUGGCCACACGAGUGGCAUUUCCACGCAUUCUGCUUCUGCAGUGUCCCAUCGUUUACGAGCGCAUCGAGGGCAAAUUUGUGACCAUUGAGGCGGUGCUGCUGCAGGAGAAGGAAUAUCUGCGUAAUGUCUGUGCUCGCAUCAUGAACUUUGAGCCGAACGUGGUGUUAGUGCACAAGAAUGUGGCCGGUAUUGCACAGGAUCUGCUGCGUUCCUAUGGCGUUACUUUGGUGCUGGACGUCAAGAUGUCGGUGAUGGAACGCUUGUCACGCACGCUGCAAUGCGACAUUGUCAGCUCAAUAGAAUCGAAUAUUACAAUGCCGAAGCUGGGACACUGCAAUAACUUUUACGUUGAUACCUAUACAAGUGGCAAGACGCUUAUGUUCUUUGAGAAACUGAACGGUCCACGUGGCUACACUUGCCUGCUGCGUGGCGGCAGCAAUGCGGAGCUAGUACGCGCCAAGAAAGUCGCUUUGGCGCUGCUGUUUGCCCGCUACAAUUGGCGACUGGAGAUGUCGUUUCUGCUGGAUGAGUAUGCGCAACCGUUGAGUCCCAAGCCGCCCAUCUUUGACUCGAAGGAGUCGAGUCCCAACACCGAGAAUGCCAUCGAGGAUCAGCCCGCGGCAGAGGCGACGCAACUGCGUUCCGCAAACAAGCGUCCACUUUGUGAGCGGAAAUCCGAGGACAAGAUCACGAGCGUUGUCAGUGAGAAUGUGGCUGACUUUACGGAUCCCUUGCGUUCCUCGGAGGCGGAGAUGCUCGCCAGUUUGCCAGAUAAUCUACGCGUGGAAGCAUUGGCCGUGGAGAUGCGUUACGACAAUCGCUUUCGCAAUGCGUUGAGUUCGACUUUGUUGUCGGUUAGUCCGUUUCUGACGUUUCCGUUGCCUUACUUAGAAACGGAACAGGGACGCAAUUGCAAGUUGCGUAAAUUAUUUCCAGCAGAGCUCUACUUCUCCAAGCUGUGGUCUACGACAUCGUCAGCUUUAGAGCGCCCCGAAAGUCUCGAGGCGGACGCAGUGAAGUCCAACGCCGAGCUGGCCAACAAGGAGAACGAUCAACAGCUGCUGCCGGCGCAUGCUUUCGUCAAGAUGAAGAUCACGGCAGCGGCGACGAGUCGCGAGAUACAAACUAAGCUGGCGGAGUUUCGCUCUUUUGGCGGACGUUUUCCUAAGGGCAAGGCGCCAAUGGUUAAGAUGCGCAAGAAGCAGUCGGAACAAAUACAGCGUCCACAGAAGGUGACCGAAGAGCAGCUGUAUAAGGAUGCACUCGAUCCACAGAAUCACCAGCGAUUGCCCGUGCUCUUCUGCAGCUUUCACUACAAUCCCAAGGGCGUGUCCUCGUUCUGCAAGUUGCCCAUGCUGCUGGACAUGAAGUUCUACGGCCAGCACGACAUUAUGCUGGAGCAGUUCCUGCAACGCUACUGUUGCCUCUUCAACUCGAUGUGUCCCUCGUGCAGUCUGCCAAUGCUGGGCCAUGUGCGUCGCUAUGUGCAUUCCCUGGGCUGUGUUCAGGUCUAUCUCACCGAGGAUUUGACACGGUCGGAUCCUACACGCAUCUACUUCACAUCCUGGUGCAGCAUUUGCAAUGCCACGACGCCAACGGUUCCGCUCUCAGCGGCUGCCAAAUGUUUGUCGUUGGCCAAGUAUCUGGAGAUGCGAUUUCAUGGCCAUGCCUAUCGACGUCGUCCACCCACAGAUGCCGCCUUACCGGAGCAGAGCAGCAGUCUCUGCGAGCAUUCGCUGCAUCGUGAUUAUGUGCAUCACUUCAGCUUCCGUGGCGUGGGCGCCAAGUUCCAGUAUACGCCCGUCGAGGUCUGGGAAACGGAGCUGCCAUCGGUGCAAUUGCAGUUGGAGCUGCCCAAGCCAUUUGUUGGUGUCCAAAUGCAGGAGGAGAUCAAAAGUUUCUCGAUACGUGGCCAUGAGGUUUAUACGCGCAUUCACGAACGCAUUGCCGAUUUGGCCACCGAGGAAGAGAACUCUCCCCUGGUUUCGCGGCUCAAGGCAACGCUGACCAAAGAUCAAUUCACGUUCAAGCAGAAGGUGGAAAUUGUGCAUACGUUGCUGACGGAGCAGCACGUGAAUUCGUACGAUAUUCGGGAUGCGCUCUUCAUGGCCAAACGUGCGCUGGCCGAGAGCAUUGAGCUGUGGGCGCCGCGCCUGCACGAGAUCGAACAGCUGACACAGAAGCAUCAGAAGCAAUUGCAAACGCAUAUUGAUGCCGGCACCAUUUGCACCGAGGAGCUGCGACCCGAACAACUCGAUGCGACGUCAGUUACGCAGGAGCAAGCCAAAAGCAAGGCGACUAGUCAACCAGAGAGCAGCACAGGCGAAGGAGCCACAGAGGAUGCAAGCGGAGAUGCGGAGCGCAAGCUAACGGUGGAUCAAAUGCUGGCCUCCACAGUCAAUGUGAAUGCGGACAAGAAAUCCAUCAAGUCGCGUUUGCUGACACUGCGACAUACAAACAACAGCCAGUUAAAUACGCUGCAAUCGCCGUUCUCGGCACAGGAUCAUUUGACGCUGCCACUGGGCAGCAUUCCCAUGAAUGUGAACGAGAACGACAUCAGUUCGGUGAUUGCCUAUGCGCUUACCUCGACGGAGUAUCAACGCGCUGUUGCUGGCCUAAACGCUGAGGAGGCGGUGACUUCGAGCGAUUCUAACUCUAGUCCACAGCCGAAGCACAAGCAGCAGCAGCUGGACAGCGAUGUCGAGGAGACGUGUGCCGCUGGCGAGUCCGAGGAGCGCAACAAGGCGAAAGCCCAAGCGCAACCUCAGCCUCCCAGCGCACACGUCACUCUGGCCUUUGGCAAUGGACAGUUUCAGUGCAUUGUUUACUUUGCCCGCGAGUUUGAUGCGUUGCGUGCCAAGAGUCUGAAUCCACCGAAGCAGGACAGACAGGUGUAUCGCCGGCUCGAGAAGAGCAAAAUGCGCGAGGAAUUGAGAAUCUCACAGAAUCGCAACGGCUCGGAAGUGGAGCUCAUUCGCAAACCCAGCGAAGUGGGCAGUGCUACAGCUCCUGACAACGAGCAACCGGAUGCCGAGAAAGAGUCGCGUAUAGCGCUGGCACGCAGCUUGUGCAGCAGCGUCGAAUGGGAGGCCCGUGGCGGUAAAUCCGGCUCCAGAUUCUGCAAGACUUUGGAUGACCGAUUUGUGCUCAAAGAGAUGGAUAAAACAGACAUGAACCUCAUUGAGCAGUUUGCGCCAGAGUACUUUGAGUACAUUGGCAAGUGCCAGCAGCAGGAGCAUCAGCCCACGCUCCUCACGAAGAUUUUUGGUGUCUUCAAAGUGAGCGUCAAGAAGAAGGACUCUUUUGUAGAAAAAUCGCUGCUGGUCAUGGAGAAUCUCUUCUAUGGCUGCGACAUCACCAACAAGUUCGAUCUAAAAGGCUCCGAACGCAAUCGCUUGGUGGAUCCCAGCAAUCAGCAGGGCGAAAUUGUGCUGCUCGAUGAGAAUCUGGUGCAAAUGUCCUGGUCAAAGCCGUUGUAUGUGCUGUCGCACAGCAAAGCUGUGCUGCGUGAUGCUAUUCAACGAGAUGCCUCAUUUCUUGAACGUAAUCGGGUGAUGGACUAUUCGCUGCUCGUGGGUCUUGAUACCAAACGCAACGUGCUUGUGUUGGGCAUUAUAGAUUACAUACGCACCUAUACGUUUGAUAAAAAGUUGGAGUCGCUAUUUAAGCAAACGGGUUUAAUGGGCGGCGGCAUGGGUAAAAAGCCUACUGUGGUGGCGCCUCAUCUCUAUAAGCAACGCUUUGUGGACGCAAUGGAUCGGUAUUUUAAUACGGUGCCCGACCGCUGGGAGGGACUAUCGAAGAUUUGAAGCACUUACCAGUUUAGUUAACAUUAGUUAAUAAAGCGACUAACGCACAUUGUUAAAACCACAUUCGCAUUAAGCUAGCCAACAUUUCCGGUCAGUCAGCCAGCAAAUUGAUUGGCCCUUGACCCACAUUUUCGCGACGUUGCCGGAAACGCGCCCAUGCGGCUCUG